AUGAGGGGCACUCCACGGAUUGCCGCUCCCUCCUGGCGCGCUCCCUGGCUUUGCGUGCUGCUUCUCCUGCUCAGCUGUGCGGUGACGCCGACGCGCGCGGAUGACGGCGCCGUCUCCAUUCUGGUGACUGCGAACAGGGACGAGUGCUUCGUGGAGGACAUCCCCGGCGUUGGCGUGAAGGUGUUUCUGCACUACAUGGUGACCUCCGGUGGUUCGCUUGACAUCGACACCACCAUCUAUGGACCGGACGACGCCCACAUUUGGGAGUCUGUCCGCGAACCUGAGGCCCGUGUGCUUUUCAAAACACGCACGCCGGGGCGACACCGCAUCUGCUUCUCCAACAAGAUGAGCACCAUCACCACGAAGGUGGUGGCGUUCUCCAUAGCGGUCGGGGAGUCGGGGAGGGAGACAGAUAAUGACCAAACGGCCAAGGCAAUGGACCCGCUGGAGCGGUCCAUCAUGCGCAUUCAACAGGGGCUGCGCGAGGUGCAGGAGGUGCAGCGGUACCUCAGGGGGCGCGAGCGUGUGCACCGUGCGACGACGGAGGUGGCAAACACGCGUGUUGUCGUUUGGUCAGCCGUAGAAAUAUUAAUUAUUGCCUUUAUGGGUGCUGGCAACGUGUGGUACCUGAAGCGAAUCUUCAACAAGCGAAGAGUGGUGUAG